AAAAUGAAUAUUACUGUGUUCUGACAGACAGCGAAACCUUUGAUGUGAUGGAACUGGCAGAGCAUGUCAAGAAACAAAGGUGGUGGAACAAAAUGUUUGGCAAAAAUAACUCUGGACCAGCUGCUGAGAAGUACUCCGUUGCAACACAGUUGGCCAUUGGAGGAGUGAGCGGCUGGUGUGCAGGGUACUUGUUCCAGAAAGUUGGGAAGCUUGCAGCAUCAGCUGUAGGUGGAGGCUUCUUUUUGCUCCAGAUUGCUCAUCACACAGGCUACAUUACAGUAGACUGGAAAAGAGUUGAGCAAGACAUGAACAAGGCUAAGAAGCAACUGAAGCUGAAUUCAGACAAGCCUUCUAAAGAAGUGAGAACAAAAUUUAAUGAGGUGCAAGUAUUUGUCAAGAAAAACAUUGUUCUCACAGGAGGCUUUGCUGGUGGAUUUCUGCUUGGUCUGGCUUCAUAGGAUCUCUCAUUGUAACGUCUUAUACUCCGAGGAUGUCAUCUAACAUCAGAUUACAGCUUUUGUGUGAUAUUGCAGCUUAUAUUUAACUCGGCACUAGUUAGAUCAAGAUUUGAUUCUUAGGAUGUGUUCAUAUAGAUAGAAAACAUAUAUCGAUGCUAGAAUGUAUGGUUUCAGUUUUUGGAUUGUGCAUUGUUUUUAGUUUGUACUUGAACAUUUUGCUAUAUUAUUUUGGCACAAACUAUUUUUGACACAAGACUUAAAAAGUGAGCUUAUUUAAACAUGUAAAUAGUCGAAACAUUUGAAAUCGGCCCUUUAAAAACCCAUAUCUGACCUUGCAGUUGUACGUCAUGCUGACUAAGCUGAGUGCAUUUA